AUGCUGCGGAAGCUGGCUGGCUCCCUGCGUCUCACUGCACAGCUGUCUCUGCAGGACACUGGCCAUAGGGUAGGGGACCUGGCUGUCACUAUGCAGAGAGAGAACAGAGGUGGGUGCCAUAUCCCACAUCUUCCCGCGGCCUCCAUCAACAAGGCUCGGAUGGAUCUGAGCAGGACAAGCCUGUGUGCAUCUACCUAUAACUUUGAAUUAAACAUGCCACGUGCUGCCGAUGGGCUCUUGGAGGGAGACCGUGAGAGCCAUGGCUACUGGGAGUGUCUGAUGCAGGAGAAAAGGUGUGCUCAUGGGAGUUUAGAAGAUCCCAAAAAUGUAACUCAUCAUAAAUUAAUACAUGCUGCUUCAGAGAGGGUGCUGAACGAUACCAAAACAAUCUUGGAAGAAAACGUCCAAGACAAAGAUGUUCUGUUGUUGAUCAAAAAGCGUGCUCCCUCUCCACUUCCUAAGAUGGCUGAUGUCUCAGCAGAAGAAAAGAAGAAACAAGAGCAGAAGGCUCCGGACAAAGACGCCAUCCUCCGGGCGACAGCCAACCUGCCUGCCUGCAGCACAGACCGAGCUGCAGUCCAGACUACCAUGAGAGAUUUCCAGACAGAACUCCGGAAAAUCUUGGUGUCUCUCAUUGAGGUGGCACAGAAGUUGUUAGCAUUGAACCCCGACGCAGUGGAAUUGUUUAAGAAGGCUAAUGCUAUGUUGGAUGAAGAUGAGGAGGAGCGAGUGGACGAGGCUGCCCUGCGACAGCUCACGGAGAUGGGCUUCCCCGAGAGCAGAGCCUCAAAGGCCCUCAGGCUGAACCACAGCUCCCUGUGGGCUGCUGUGUCCUGUGCUGUGGUGUUAACCGGAUAUCUGGUUCCCUUCCAGGCUGUCAUUUCCCUGAUGGAGAUGGGCUUCGAUGAGAAGGAAGUGAUAGACGCCCUCCGAGUGAACAAUAACCAGCAGAAUGCUGCUUGUGAGUGGCUGCUGGGGGACCGGAAGCCGUCCCCUGAGGAGCUUGACCAGGGCAUCGACCCCAACAGCCCAUUGUUCCAGGCCAUCCUGGACAAUCCGGUGGUGCAGCUGGGACUGACCAACCCCAAGACCCUGCUAGCAUUUGAAGACAUGUUGGAGAACCCACUUAACAGCACACAGUGGAUGAAUGACCCAGAGACAGGCCCAGUCAUGCUGCAGAUCUCCAGAAUCUUCCAGACGCUAAACCGCACGUAGGCGUGCCCACCGGGGCUCCUGGCUGUGCAGCCUCAGCAGCCCCCCUGGAAGGGGCAGAGGGCCAGAGGGGACCGUGUGUAGACGCCGCUUAGCACCUGCGCCUGGAUCACAGAGCUGUGGCUCUUCCUCCCUGACCCCAUGCUCACCAACUUCUGCGCCGGUGGUAAGGCCGCAUCCUGGCUUGUGUCGUGUUUACAGAAAGUAGCUGUUGCACUGGGAGGAUGGGCGACCGCUCCUUCCCAGUGCUCUGGUGGCUCUUGAAAUGCUACUUGAAUUGACCCUUAGGUGUUUGCUUGUGGAGCCUACCUGAUAUUUGAAAGAAGGCAUGUUCCAAUCCAAAGUGUUAUGUCAAGUGUGCUAAUUUAACCAGAGUGAUUCACAGAUGACUUCUUUAAUAAAUAAACCCUUUUCCUAUU